UUUUUUUUUUCUUUCUUUCUUUCUUUCAUUCUUUAAAUGGAGGAAACACCUAAAAAAGCAUGGAGAGAUCGAAUUGCUUUCCUAAAAGAUCCUCGGUUUUACAAAGUACUUAUUUUGGGCCAAUCAGUACUUUCGUUGUGCAUCACAGGCACUAAUGUAACAACUACCAAAUUAAACAACGCUUAUAAUUUCUCUGCUCCUACUACACAAACAUUUUUAGUAUAUGCUGCUUUAGCUUUAGCAUACAACAGUUAUGCCAUUUAUAAAAGAGGCAUUCGUGGUUGGCUUUUGCAGUUUUGGAGAAGAGGCAUCUAUUAUUUUAUUUUAGGGCUCAUUGAUGUGGAGGGCAACUAUUUUGUAGUGAAAGCGUAUCAAUACACUUCUCUUUUAUCUGCCAUGUUAUUGAAUUGUUGGAGUACGCCUGUAUGUAUGAUCUUGUCUUUUUUCUUGAUGAAAAUACGUUAUCGUUGGCUUCAAUGCUUAGGUGUGGCUAUUGCGCUAGGUGGCAUGGGCAUGCUGAUUGCAAGUGAUGUAAUAGAAGGAAAGGACUAUGCUGCUGUUGAUGCAGUGAAGGGCGAUCUGUUUUGUCUUUUGGGUGCCACUCUUUAUGGCUUCUCUAAUGUCGGCGAAGAAUUCAUGGCUCGUAAACAUCCUUUGUAUGAAGUCAUUGGUAUGUUUACUUUCUUUGCAAUGUUUAUCAAUUUUGUUCAGUUGAUGAUUUUGGAACGCAAUGAAUUUGCUGCUUUCUCAAGCAAUCCUGAAGCAGUUGGUAUGGUCAUGGUAUACACUGUCUGUAUGUUUAUAUUGUACUCUCUGGCUCCAGUCAUGUUUCGACUGGGAAGCGCAGUUUUGUACAACCUAUCCUUGUUAACUUCUAACUUUUAUGGCUUGAUUUUUGGUAUUGGGCUAUUUGGCUACCAUAUCACUAUUAUGUAUCCUUUUGCUUAUGUGGUUAUUAUCAUGGGUAUUGCUAUCUAUCAUAUUUUCCCUACACCUCAACCAAACAUCGGCUCCUUUGAUGCAGAAAAGGCAGAGAAAGAGAGGGAUGAAUUAAUGAAUGGUAGACAACAUCAAAAGAAUGAAGUAACUGUACCUGAGAUUUUCAUUCAUCAUGAUAUGAACAGUUCUAAAUAGAAUUGGACAAACAUUUCUUACACAUACAAUGGGCACUUUAUGUCUUUUGGUCCAUCUGUAAAUAAAUAAAAUAUACGUAUAUAU